AUGGAUUGCAAUCUUCGAAUGAAAGAAAUUAAGGGUUAACUACUCUUAUCUAAAUUAGCUACAACAACGACUACUCUCUCAAGUGAAAUGUCAUAGAGAGGUUCAAGCACAAGCCAGGUUGGUCUUAGCAUGAAGUUUGAAGAUAUCAUGGUCUGGGACAGCGAAUAAAAUGAAAAUUAAUUAGUAGAGAUUCAAUAAUAAAACCCUUAAAAUGGAUCACUAAACUUAUUUCAAACUUCAUUAGCAUAUGUAAGCACCAUCAUAGGUGGAGGAAUAGUUUCCCUUCCUUAUGCAUUCAUGGCAGCAGGCAUAUAUGUGGGAGUUCUAGUCCAUAUCACUAGUGUGUUCUUGAUGCUAGCAUCUGUUUGGUUUUGCCUUAAAGCCAAAGACUUCCUCGGAUAUGAGUAUGUUGCCAUUCCAUUUCAAUUUACAUUUAUUUACAAAGGAACCGUCAUUCAAGAAUCUGACUAACCUCCAGUUAUCUCAAAGCAUGAAGAUUUCUCGUUUGAAAAGCUGAUGGACUCCUUCAACAUCGUCAUUACCGCUUAUGGGUUUGUUAUUAAUUUUUUCCCUGUUUACAAGAAUUUGAAAGGCAGGUCUAACACCAGAGGAUUUAUUACUGUGAUAAUGGCGCUGUUCUUCUGCUUCUCGACAUAUCUUUUAUUUUCAUUGAUGACUCACAGAGUCUAUGGUUCAGAGCUUAAACCUAGUAUAUUUGAAAACAUAAAGAAUGAUUCUGGAAUAAUCUCAUAUACUCUUAGAAGCUUGUUUUCUUUGAUCUUUUUCUGCAACAUUCCAUUUGUGUUUUUCGCAGGCAAAGAAUGCGUAUUGACUAUGAUACUGGAAUAUAGAGAAAGAAAGGUUUCAAUUAAAUUAGAAAAGGAUCUUGAACGAUAACAUUUGGAAAGGCUGUUAUUAGAAGUAGGAGGAAUGGAUUAGGAAAAAUUAUAAAAAUAAUAAGAAAUAAAUGAAGAAUAAAUUGAGAAUAAGUUAUACUAUCCCACAGUUAUUCUCUUCUUUUUGACUCAAUGCAUUUUGGGAUUUGUAAUCAGUGAUUUGACUAUAAUUUUCGGAUUCGUCUCUGCCUGCUCUGAAGCUACAGUCAGCUUCAUAUUUCCUGGACUGUUUUUUAUAAUAGCAGCAAAAAGAUCGAGGAAAAUAGUGCCCCUAUACCAAUCGAUUGGAGCAUUAUGCUUUUCACUCUUUGGAUUAGUAUUUUUCAUGAUAUCUAACUACUUCAAUUUCUUGAAAUUGCUCAGAGAUUGA